AUGCAAAAGAGCUUCUCAUCUGUGAAGAAAAUCACUGGUUUUCUCUUUUUGAAGAUCUGGAGAAGCUUCCGGCUUCUUGCUACUCUCUUAGCCUUGGAGGUCUCAUUUAAGAGCUGCCUCUUACCCCUGGCCCUUGACUUGGCUCCCAAAUCCUCUUUGACAAUCCUGACUAUCCUCUCACUCAUGUUCGUUUCCUCGGCCAUCCUCCUCAUGGACCGGAUGGGGUUGUACUGGAUUUUUCCUUUUAUCACUCUGAUCGUCGUCGGAGUCCUUGCUAAAUUUGGUGGGUCCAUGAGUACAGUACAAGGAAGAUAUGCAUAUCAUCACUACAUGCAGGAUAAAUUUGAUGAUAAUGGAUGGGGCUGUGCAUAUCGUUCUCUGCAGACUCUUGUGUCCUGGUUUAGGUUGCAAGGCUAUACAGAAAAUCCCAUUCCUACUCAUCAUGCCAUUCAGCAAUGCCUUGUUGAUAUUGGGGACAAACCUGGAAAUUUUGUUGGAUCUUCUCAUUGGAUUGGCUCCAAUGAGGUGGGCUUUGUUCUGGAGACUUUAUAUGGUGUGACAUCAAAGAUUCUCUUUGUAAGCUCUGGAUCAGAAAUGCCUUCCAAAGCAAGAGAGCUUAUGGCUCAUUUUCAGCAUCAUGGCACACCAAUUAUGAUAGGUGGUGGUGCCUAUGCUUACACAAUUCUUGGUGUGAUUUUCAAUGAAGAUUCAGGUGAUGUUCGAUUCCUCAUCCUUGAUCCCCACUAUACGGGAAAGGAUGAGUUGAAGACAGUGACAUCAAAAGGAUGGUGCUCAUGGAAGGGUCCUGAUUUCUGGGAUGACAAAGGUUUCAUGUGGGAAAUAGCACCUGAGUUUCGAGCACUCCUGGUUUUUGCAGAGCACAGGUACUAUGGUGUGUCUUUGCCCUAUGGAAAGGAUUCCUUCAGAAAGCCGAAGUUGACAGGAUACCUGACAUCAGAGCAAGCAUUAGCUGAUUAUGCUGAACUGAUCUCACAUCUGAAGAAAAACAUAACUGGAAUCAACUCUGUGCCUGUGAUUGUUUUUGGUGGCUCAUAUGGUGGCAUGCUUGCUGCUUGGUUUCGCAUAAAAUAUCCUCACAUUGUUCAAGGGGCAAUUGCAGCUUCAGCCCCUAUCUUACAGUUCAUGGGAUGGACCCCAUGUGACACAUUCAAUAUGCAUGUCACAAAAUCAUUUCGGAAUGCAUCUUCUAAAUGCAGUGAGAGUAUCAGGAGAUCUUGGGCAUUCAUUGACAAUGAAACUAGCACAGGCCUCCAACCAAUCCAGGAGCUUUGUAACCGUCUAAGAAAUCCUGAAUUGCCACCUAAGGAACUUCUCAUGCAGCUGAACCAUGCUAUCCAAGUUGGAUUUAACUAUACUGGCAAGAAGAAUUGCUUGGAAUAUAGGGAUGCAGACAUGCAUGGCUUGAGCACUCAAGGAUGGGACUAUCAGGCUUGCACUGAGAUGGUGAUGCCUAUGUGCAGUGAUGGGAUCCAUGAUAUGUUUGAACCUGAAGCAUGGGAUUAUGGUCAGUUUGCAAAGAACUGUCAGAAACUCUUUGGGACAGUCCCUCGUCCCUACAUGGUUCCCAUCAUUUAUGGAGGAAAGGAUCUGAAAUAUGCUUCAAACAUUGUUUUUUCGAAUGGUCUUCUGGAUCCAUGGUCUGGAGGAGGAAUUUUGAAAAAUGUGUCUGAUUCUGUUAUUGCCUUGAUUAUCCCUGAGGCAGCACAUCACUUGGAUUUGAGGGCCUCAGAUCCUGCUGACCCUCCAUCUGUACGUGAGGCAAGGCUCAUUGAAAAGGCUCAUAUUCGUUCAUGGAUCAAGCAAUACUAUACAGGAUAAUGCUUCUCCACUCUUCCUGCUUUCCUUUUCAUUUCCAUGUACAAGUUGUGAUGUACAAUUAUUAGGAUAAGUACACCAUGGCAAGCUUACUUGUUUGUGC